GACUUCAGCACAACUAUGCUUCUCAUUACUGUUAGCAAAAAGUAGAAUAUCUGAAGUUUAUAAGUAUACUGGAGUGUAAGUAAAUCAAGUGUGCUAUGGACCAUCUACUUGUUGUGUACAAGAAAGAAUACUAAUUUAAUACUACUUUGGAUUAAAUUGGGACAUUUUUAACUUUAUAUAAAGUUUAUUUCAGUAUAGUGUGAUAAAGUAAUAUGUCAACCAAGUUAUACAUUCAAGUAUGCAGCCAGCAGACUCAUUUAUAUGCUAUAAGUGUAAUAGGUAUAUAUUUGUGGCUCACAUUUUAGUUUGCUGAAGUAUAUGACACAAGUGUACUGUUCUCUUUACUGCCAUUGCACUACUCCCAUUCAAUUCAAUUUAAGCUGAUUUAUAAAGCACUUUAAAAAAACAACACAGUUCACCAAAGUCCUGUACACCACAACCAGAAUCAAAAACAAACAAUACAACAACAACGGCAAAAACCAAUACUUCAAGCUGAGUUAAAAGCCAGUGAUAAAACAGAAGCUUUAAAAGGAUACUGCAAAUGAGAAUGAGCUGUCACCUCUCAACUUCCUCUUCAGUUUCAGGACAACUAACAAAAUCUGAUUUGCUGACCUGGGAGAGAGUGAAGCAGAUCAGACAGAUACAAGGGCAAGGCCACUAGUUACAUAUAAACGUCUAGUCCACAGUUUAGCUUACCUAAGUAUACUUUACCAAAACAUAGUUUUCUGUUAACUGAGACACAAAAUUGAUCGAAAUAUUACUUGAAAAGGGUCUCAGAACAACAUUAUCUUUUAUCUCAACAAUUACUGGGACAAUUUAUUGUAAAGCAAAGUUUGACAGGCCUACUGUACUGUCAUGCUGACUCAGUUUGAGCAGAGCUCACCAGAAGAACUGAUCCUGUCUCUUCUGGUCCCUGUUUUGUUUGUUGGCUCAGUUCCCUAUGCAGCCAGUGAGUAAACAGAGAAACAGGCAGGCCCUCAGACUUGCUUUGAGAAUUUCCUGCUUUCAGUUGACAUGUUGCAGAACAGGUUUGUGGUCAUCUCAACCAGCAGUAUCGAGCCAGCUCAGUGUCAGGCUUCGUGGCUCCUCCCAUUUUGCUGAAAGUCUGAAGUGUUGAAUGGAUUUUUUAUCAUUUAAGGAUUUGAAGAAUGGGUCAUUCUGACGGUCAGAGGUGCAGUCCUGUUGGGCAGGCGUUUCCCUUGAUGGCAGUAUUGCAUUGGAUUGUGUUGCUGUCCCUGCUGCAGACAGGCCAAUGUUAUGUUCGUAACCAACAAGCACCAGGAGAUCCAGUGUUUUUGGAUGCAGAGUCAGCAACAUCCUUCAUGUCUCGCUCCUUGCUCGCUAACCACUGGGACUUUGAGCUGGUGGUGAAGGGCGACCUGCAGAGGGAAUGCAUAGAUGAAACGUGCAACUAUGAGGAGGCCAGAGAAAUUUUUGAAGAUGAUGAAAAGACAAGAAAGUUUUGGAGUACAUAUGAUAAGAAACCAGAUCCAAGUUCCUCCAACUUGGAUGUUUCUGGGUUGGUGGCAGGAAUCCUGGCCAUAGUAGUGACUGCUGUUAUUGCCACAGUCCUUGGAGUCUACUGCUACAAAAACAAGAAGAAACCCAGGACAAGGUCUGGCCGUACUCCAGUCAGAAUGGGAGCAGAUGGGGCCCCAGUCCCUGAGGUGGUGCCCCUGUCUGGAGUGGUGGUCCCACCUCCACCUUUACCCAGCUACAAUGAAGCUUUGAUCCACAGUGGACAGCAUGAUGCCCCUCCACCACCUUAUUCAGGGCCCUCACUUGAAGUUGCACUGUACCAGGGACCACUGAAGGAAACAGCAUGAAAACUUCUGAAGAAAAUAGAGCACAACAUCUUUCUUCACAAAAUGAAAAUAAAAAUGGAGUGGUGUCAGAGCGGUUAUAGGAUUUCUCAUUUUUCUUUGGCAAAAGACCAUGAGCCAUUUCUUACACUAGCUCUAGAUUCAUGUUUGUUUUAGUUGUACUUAACCAGAAUGCAAUGUGCUAUAGUCCGCUUCCUGCUUUUUGAGUGUUUGAGUGUUGAGGUUUGACUUUACUGCACCUCUGUUGUAUCAGGCAUAAAGAUGUUAGUAGUAGACCCUUUAGGUUUUGCAGACCCUUAGGUUUCCAUUGAUCCACGGACUUUGGAGGUCAAGUGAAAAACCUUUGGCUUCUCAAACCAUUCCUGAAGCAUUUUUGCUUGGUGGCAAGUUUCCUAUAAAGUUUCUAUAAAGGGAUGUACACAGUGUGUAGCACUGCCUAGGAAUCCAAGUAACAGACUCAUGGAAGGAACCCAAGUUUCAGUAGAACAGACCAUCACACUCUCCCCACUGGAUGGACCUUUUUAUCAUCGUGCAUCAUGAUGCCAUGUGUUCCUAGUGAAUUUUGCACUCACACCCUGGAAUCCUUCUGAUGUUGAAGAAAAUGUAAUCCACUGGGCCAAACUGCCUUCUACCAUUGUUCUGAAGACAAGUCAGUAUGAACACAAACUGGACUGCUGCUAAGGCACACAUGCAAUAAAUCGUAAUGUCCCUCCCUGCCUAAAGUCCUCUACCAUUGUCCCCCUGCCGAAAAGAACCAACAUCAACACCCUGAACGACUACCGCCCAGUGGCACUCACACCGAUCAUCAUGAAGUGCUUCGAGAGACUGGUGCGGAGUCACAUCCUCGCUGGCCUGCCUGCUGAGCUGGACCCUCUCCAAUUUGCCUACAAAGCAAAGAGGUCCACAGAGGACGCUGUAUCCACUGCACUUCAUGCUGCCCUGACCCACUUAGAGAAGCAGGGGAGCUACGUCAGAAUGCCCUUUGUGGACUUCAGCUCAGCAUUUAAUACCAUACUUCCCCAACGUCUGGUAUCCAAGCUAGCAAACCUUGGGCU